UAGCCUCGCUAGUGAAAUCAUCGACUCUUUUAUUUAUUGCGGCGCACAUUGUAUCAGUGUGUAAAAGAUUGUAUUUGCUCGUAGAUUUUCAUAGUUGUAAGUGAAAUGAGUGAUCUUAAGAAGAAAACGGGAAACAUUCUCUCAAAUGUUAGCCCACCGUCUGAGUUGCCCAGCUUCAUUACGACAAACGUGGCGAACGUGGCAACAGCUGGAACAGAUAUUUCGUUGACCACGGGCACAAAACCGGCCGCGAUGGUGGAUGAUGCUGCAAAAAGGGAUGAGACAGAACCGUUCAUACCAACAACGUUCAGUCCCGCUAUCCCGGCUAGCAAGGAUACCUCGCAAGCGAUGCUGGCUGUGGCCUCCGCACAGCAACCCGAAGCUGCCCCGGAACCAGUAGGCCGUGAUUUUGCGAACAUGAUGCUAAACCCGGAACCGGUUGCUGCAGCACUCAGUCCCAUCACGCAAGGAGGUUCGGCUUUGUUUGGCUGGAUGAAGGGAGCUGUUUCAGGCAGCGGAAUUUUACAGAAAGUUGCCGAAAAGGCCAAGAAUUCCGUUGACACGAUCGUCACUACGUUGGAUCCGCAAAUGAAGGAGUACAUAAAUUCUGGCGGCGAUACGGAGGUUAUCGUGGCGUCGGACAAAGACGACAAAGUACGACCAGUACGUGAAGCAUUUCAGACAGUUUUCGGCAAGGCCACCAUCAUUGGUCUAGCUGCUCAAGCGGUCGGUAUAGCGGCCCAACCGGUAGGCUUCGCGGCUGGCCUCAAGGGUGCCGAACAUCGCAUCAACAGUAUACGGGCGGAAAAUCCGCGCGUUGAUGACCAUCUGCCAGUAGUGGCGGUGGAGAAUUUCCUUGUUGAACUGUUCCCUGACCAGUGGUUUGAAGCCAGCGUGAUCGUGCUGUUCGAUUACGCCAAGAACAUUCUUCUCAAAACGGUAACACAGAUGACGCCCAUUCCGUUACCGGUUAUUACUGCGUUGCAGGCCGACACCCCGGCGGACUAUCUGCUCAAGGAUACAGGGUUUGCCAUCACAGUUGGCAGUAUUAUGGCUAGGAAUCUCAAUACCUCACACACCGAAUGGCACCGAGCGUACACGUCCGUAUCCCGCCCGGAGAUGAUACUGGCCGCGGCAAAAACGAUAGCGACGCUCUACAAGCAGGCCGCCCACGAGUACGAACACAUAGCGUCCCAAUCGGGUUCGGUCCCACCGGGUGAGGUGCCGGCCGGUGCGGACCCGACCGGUGGAAACCCCGAACCGGCGGAAUAAGAAUUAAUGUCCACCAUCAUUAAAGCUUGCCACUGUAAUCACUACUAAACGGACGACUGAGCCGAUG